AUGGCGACGGAAUUGCCCACGACGAACGGCCACGGCGCUCAGGAUGGCGAGACGAACUUUGCUGUCAAGGCGGGACUGGCUAGGAUGCUGAAGGGUGGCGUCAUUAUGGAUGUUGUGAAUGCGGAGCAGGCACGCAUAGCAGAAGAAGCCGGCGCCGCCGCUGUCAUGGCCCUCGAGCGAGUCCCCGCCGACAUUCGAGUCCAGGGCGGCGUAGCACGGAUGAGCGACCCCAAGAUGAUCAAGGAGAUCAUGGACUCGGUCACAAUCCCCGUCAUGGCCAAGGCGCGCAUCGGACACUUCGUUGAGUGCCAGAUCCUCGAAGCCCUCGGCGUAGACUACAUCGACGAGUCCGAAGUCCUCACCCCCGCCGACGCCAUCCACCACGUAAACAAGCACCCCUACCGCGUCCCCUUCGUCUGCGGCUGCCGCAACCUGGGCGAAGCCCUGCGCCGCAUCGCCGAGGGCGCCGCCAUGAUCCGCACAAAAGGCGAGGCCGGCACUGGCGACGUCAUCGAAGCCGUGCGCCACAUGCGCACCGUGACCGCCGAGAUCGCGCGCGCGAAGGGCAUGAGCGACGAGGAGCUGCGCGUCUACGCCAAGGACCUCGGCGCGCCGUUCGACCUGCUUAAGGAGACCGCGAAGCUCGGCCGGCUGCCCGUCGUGAACUUCGCGGCGGGCGGCGUUGCGACGCCGGCCGAUGCCGCGCUGAUGAUGCAGCUGGGCUGCGAUGGCGUGUUUGUCGGGAGUGGGAUAUUUAAGUCCGGCGAUGCGGCGAAGAGGGCGAAGGCGAUUGUGCAGGCGGUCACGCAUUAUAAGGAUGCGAAGGUGCUGUGCGAGGUGUCUAUGGAUCUGGGCGAGGCGAUGGUGGGGAUUAAUACGGAGAAGAUGGCUGAGGGGGAGAGGCUGGCGAAGAGGGGGUGGUAG